GGAUCUCGGGCGAUUUCUGCACCCGCCAUCCAAUCAUGUCGGUCGAUACACACGCAACGUCGUACUCUCCAUCGUACCAUCAUCGAAUUCUUCAUCGGACUAAUGCCGGCAGCUCAAUGGGAGGGGAAUGAAUGCACGCAUUCCCAUUCAUCAUCACAUCUUACAUCCCACAUACUCGGGUUCGCAACGAUGAUGGGUCUGAGUAUGAGUAUGAGUAUGAGUAUGAGUUUGCCGUGGUGCCGUCUAGUCGUACUGCUGGUGUACACUCAUCGUCUGAUUAUCUAAUCGUUGCUUGCAGACAUACAUAUAUACAUACAUAUAUACAUAUAUACAUCAUCUCAAUCGUAUACCAGCACUUCAAUCCUUCCGUUCUCCCGUUGGUUGCCAUGCGUUGCACGGAGAUACCUCCGCUUCCAUAACCUUGAAAGCCUCAUCCGAACAUCCCGACUUCCCUUGCUUGAAUCCAUUGAGCUGAAAUCCGAGUAAAUAAACUUCACUGCAACUACAAAACUGGAGAUUCCUGUUUUUCCAUUGGUGGUUCUUCAGAGUUUUCAAGAUAUAUAUCAUUCCAUUAUACUACUAUCAUAUCACAUUGUCUCGCAAUUCAACAAACUUUCUCUGCACGUUGGCUGAGACAUCGAAUACCUACCACCGACCACCGACCUUGCUUGACGCUGACAGACACGAAAAAGACGAUCGCGAGAAUUCAGCACUUCAACACAAUUACACAUCCAUCCUCCUUCUACGAUAUAUAUCCCUGUCCCUGAAAAGGGAAUAUACGAGUCCCUCCAACAUUCUACUCGAAUAAGGAUCAAAAUGAACGCAACGUCCUCUCUCAAUUUCCCAAUUCCAACCACCAUUUCUCCAGCUUUCGAGAAAUGGGGUCACGAGACCAUUCGAGCUACUGCUUUCCUUCUUAUCCCCACCGAACUUUUCUAUUUCUCCAUUUACUUCUUGCUCAAGGGGCAGUAUGGAAAGUAUAAGAAAUUAUCGGCUUUGUCUUUGGUGACAUUUUGGUUGAGUAGUUGGAUGAAUCCGAUUUCGUGUGGCCCAGUCGCUGCGUUGAGGAAUUUCGCUGUUGCAAUUGCGACCCUCAGACUCUUGGAUAUAUAUGUCCGACACCGUUCACUGCCUCAACUCAGAAAUGAUCCGCCGACAUGGAAACACGCACUUCUUCUGCUGACGGAAAUGCGCUAUGAAUCCUUCACUCCCAAUUUUGUUCGUGUUCCUCGAUCCCAGGAGACUUUUAAUGAACCUUUGCAAUUCGCAAUUCAUGUUGCUAUUUUCUGUGCUUUGCAAGCGUUACCACAGGACUGGGCUUUGGUUUUGGCUUUUGAAGUGCAAUUGAGUAUUUACAUUAUCUGGACAGCCUUUCAGUUGUUAGUGAGGUAUAAAGGUAGUCCGGCUCUCUUUGGUAGAUUGUAUGCUGUAGAGAGUCUCGGAGAUUUCUGGUCAAAAACAUGGCACAAUGUAUUUUCCGCUCCUUGCGCUUCUCUCGCCUACGACCCCAUUCGUCAGAAUCUCCCAAAAUUAGGAGUUUCAAUCCCAAUCGCUCGAUCGAUGGGAAUCUUAGCUGCCUUUUUCCUGAUGGCCGCUUUUCAUGUUUAUGCUUUAGCGCCUAUGGUGACGGAAAAAGCACUUUUCCGCAUCGGAAUGUUCUUUGUGCUCAAUGGCUUCGCGACGGUGGGAGAAGCGAUGGUGUGGGGAAGAAAAGAUAGUUGGGUCAAGACGGGGUUGGCGUGGGUGACGGAAAUGAGUUUGGCGGCUUGGACGGCGGGCGCGUUGGGCAUUCCGAGGGGGGUCCAUGGUAUUAAGUGGAGUGAUAUUUGCGAGGUCAAGAUUUAGAGGCUGAUUGGGUUGGGGAAGAGUAUAUUGAUGAAUUGAUGAAGCAUUAUGAGGGGGGUUGUUCUUGGAUGAUAAGUUGGUUGGUUGAAAUGGAAUUGCAAUAUAAUGAAUAUGAAUAUUAAUAACAUGAAUAAAAAUUAAAAAUUAAAAAUUGAAAAUUUGAAAAACUAAAAUACAGAUACGAAUGAAUA